AAAUCUGCGUCAUCAGUCACAAUUCGUGCAGAGUAGCGCUCGAAUCGAAGCUAUCAAUCAGCACCUGCACAAUACACAGGAAAGAAAGCAUUUCCUCUUUUGCGUAGAAGAGCGGGCACGUGCCCCUAAUUGGUGGUCCUUCCCGAAUCGCAAAGCAGCACUUUGUUGCCCAACAUUAUUGAACCACCAUCAUGCCCGUGACCAGCACUACAAUCCGUCCCGUCAUCGUUCCGACAAAGGUCGACGAGGAAGAUGACAACAUCAAGCCAGCGGUGCCAGGUGUAGCACACGGCAACUGCCCUCCCAUCUUCCCCCGCGGCACUACCGUCGAAUACCAAAGCAAAACGCACAAGAAAUGGAUCACGGGGAAGGUUCUCAGCUUCGACGCGGAGCGAAACUUCUACCAGCUUGACGUCCAACCGAAGGCCGCGAGAGAGCGGGUGCGGGGUUUAGGUGGAAAAAGUGGAGGUGAUGACUUCUACGGACCGGCCGGGAAGGAUUUGGUACUUACAGCAGACGUAGACGACAAUUGAAAAUGCUUUUUUUUUUAUUUGGUGCCCGCAAUAUAUGCUGAAAUAGACUGGAUGCGUUGUGUUUCCUUGCAUGACACAUUCGAAUCAUGUCCAACUGCCGACAAAUCAAAAUCUAUCAACACAACCUUAAAUCAUACCUCCAGCCCCCGAAGACGACUUCUCCGGUCAUUAUCGACGGCGCCACAGUUUUCUACCCGAACGUGAAACGGCAGGCCAGUUUUUCUAGCGUACCUUCGAAGAUGAACUCGCAGUCAUCUUCUCCCGUCGAAAUGGCCACGACGGCGACGUCUUUCCAACCCUUUAGUCCUGUCGAGACGAUCGAUCCCGCUGUUGCUGUUGGAAAUGGUUCAUCGGGUUUGCCAACCCCAACAUCGCCGGGGAAUCAACCUGAACAAGCCGCGGAACAAGCGGGACUAGUUUUAGUUGCAGCUGCGGCUGAAUCUGGUGAAUCAGGGCUCGUCGCCGUGCAUGACAAACUCUCUGGGGGAGAAGCGAAGCACUUGUCCGUGGUGGAGAAGCCGGAUUUGCAGGUGGACGAAAAGGAAAUUGUGGGCAAGGAGCAAAUGUCGCAAGAGUUACAUGCGAUGGUGGAGCAAGAGGAUGAGAACAACAAAACCAUGCUGGACACCAUCCUGCCCCCGCAAGACCAAGACCAACAGGAGGAGGAGGAGAACCACUUUCACGGCAAGUUCGUCUCCCCGGCACUGGAGGACGAUCACUUGGUCAAUCUGGCGGUAAUUAUUCCGGAGGAGGAGGAAACCGUAUGCAUUGCAAAAGUGUCGCACUCUACAAUAAUUUAGUGCACAUUGCAUCACAAAUUCGUAGUUGACAGCAUGAAAAUGGAGUUUGUCAUCCUGGUUUACCUCGAGAAAAGCAGCUUUGUCAUGCAUAUCUGCAAAAAUCAGUAUGAGUGCGAUGUUUUUUCCUUGGAUAUUAAACCGGAGUCGACAUUGACACUUUCGAAUCCUGGCAGCCGGUGGUGGACAUCUUCGAAACGAAAUUCAUCUGGACCAAAAGCAGCACGGGGACAAUGAUGGCGAGUUCUAGUAGCUCAUCCUUGAGUUCUAUGCAAUACAAAUUUCCCCUACAUGUACAAGAUGCAUCACAAAUUUCACCAUUUCGGAGUGGGAGUGUAAAACUUAUCAUGCUAAACUAGCAUCGGAGCCAAGUUUUUUCAUGCAGAGACCGCAUUUCCACGUGUACCUACGGGAAAUUUCCCGUGGAUAAGUUCUACCCCGAGCAAGGUCGUCAUCACUACAACUUCUUGUUCGAAAUCGAAGUCGAAAGAUGAGGCGCAGGACGACGAUGAAUCUGAUUCUGAAGGACCCCAAGUAGAACUGCUGCAGCAGAACUCACGCGACCCGGCUGUCUACUCCUCUGAAGACAACCUGACCGAAGUUCUGCGGUGGAAGGAGAAAUGUGAACUGUUGGAGAAUAUCAAAUGCAAUAAAUAUGUCUGGGUCUGGAAGAAUCGAACUUGUUUGUCAUGCUUGUCUGACAUCACUCUCAAGUCUGUCAUGCACAUUACCCAAAAGUAGCCGUACUUUUCUGUUAUGCAGAAGCUCACUUUGUCAUGCGGAAAAACCGAGACUAUAGCGCCUCCAGAACUUGCCAUGCUUGCCAGAUAAUUGAGGCGUCCUCGUCUUUCUCAACUAGCAUCACAAGUUUCCAGACCCAGACAUUGUUUUGCAUUUGAUAGAGAAUGAGAUUUUCGAGAAGGACAACAUCAUCAACUACCAACGGGAGGAAUUGAAGAUGCAGAGCGAGGAAUUGAAGUUCAAAGACGAAUUAGUGGCGUUUUUGGAGAACAAGUGCCAGGAAUUGGCUGCGGAAGAGGAAGUCCUUAAGGGAAAUAAUGAUGAUGAUCGGAGCAAAAAUGCGAGUGUGUUUUCUACUACCGACGGGGAACAAAAGUCUGGUGGUGAUGGGGAUGAUAACGCCAAACAAGUCGCGGGGACUACUGGAAGAUUUGGGUUGUUGGCGAUGAUUCGGAGGGUGCUGCCGUGCAAGGCGGAGGACGAGGACUCGUUGUAGAGGAGUGGAGGGGUUGGCGUGGAGCUCCUGAGAGUGGUUAAGGAGGAGGCUAUCAGGGUCCGUAGAAGUUCUUAAUAUGUUUCUGCGAAGGUUUUUUGCACGUGUACAAUUUACCUAAAUGCACCUACGUACUGGUACGGAAGAAAAAAUGAUUAAAAUUGUGAUUGUCGCUUACAAUGGAGGGAGAUAAACGAGAAAAAGCAGGGCUUCUGUUUUACAUAUAUUUAGAUGGUUUCCUGUCAUCUUCUACUACUAGGAUUUUUGUACAAUCAACGUCUUCGUCCCUCUCUAGUCCCAGUUUUACACUAAAUUGAAAUGAGCAAAGCAAGCAAAAGUGUUUCUGUAUUCUGUAAAAAUCGAAAGUGAUAUUUCUCUGUGCUCCUGUUAAUAGUUUCUAUGUACCAAAAAUUCGGUUUUGCCUUUGUAUCUGCAAUGACGACUGCUCCUGGAUUUCUCGCGUUUUCCAAACGCGACAUGUACUCGAGCUUUCAGACUCGUGAACCUAGAUCCGACCAACCUUCAUUCGGAUUCUCCGAAUACCGAAGACGAAAAAGUAAAAGACAUCAAGGAGCUUCACUCGCUUCCAUACUACGACCGUGACGAGCAGAGAACGUUUCUGACACUCAUCACCUUCUUACUCUUAAUUGUCAGUCCAAAAUCAGACGCUACGUGCGGACUUGACCAGCUACCCGGCGAGUGUUGUCCGAGAAAAGGCGUGUCAGCUACCCGGCAGUGAGCGUGAGAGGCGUUCCGGAGAGUGCGAUAUUGGCUAUGUCUUUCUUUGGAAGCAGGCGAGGUUCGUUUGACGUUUCCUCUUUUGGUCUGUGGAGUUGCGCCACCGCCUUCGGCGAGAUCUGAUCACGAU